UGUGCUUGUUUUUUUAAAAAAAUAAUCCAAAUCAAGAGAAAAAACAAAACAAAAAAAAUCUCCUCAUGAUGAAAGAAAAAUCAAAAAAUGCAGCUCGCUCAAGACGCGAGAAAGAAAAUGCCGAAUUUUUAGAAUUAGCAAAAUUAUUACCAUUACCAUCAGCAAUAACAAGUCAAUUGGAUAAAGCAUCAAUUAUACGUUUAACAACAUCAUAUCUUAAAAUGCGUGCUGUAUUUCCCGAUGGAUUAGGUGAUUGUUGGGGUACAAAACCACCACCACAAAAUCCAUAUGAAUCAUCAAUACGUGAACUUGGAUCACAUCUUUUGCAAACAUUGGAUGGUUUUGUAUUUGUUGUUGCACCGAAUGGAAAAAUUAUGUAUAUAUCGGAAACAGCAUCAGUUCAUCUUGGUUUAUCACAAGUUGAAUUAACUGGUAACAGUAUCUAUGAAUAUAUACAUCCAGCCGAUCAUGAAGAAAUGAAUUCCGUAUUAAAUGGUUCAAAUUCUGAUCCAAAUAAUCAUCAUCAACAUUAUUAUUAUACAUUUAAUGAAAUGGAAAAAUCAUUUUUUUUACGUAUGAAAUGUGUAUUAGCUAAACGUAAUGCAGGUCUUACAUCAGGUGGUUAUAAAGUUAUACAUUGUAGUGGUUAUGUUAAAAUUCGUCAACGACAUUUUGUUAAUUCAACAACAACAACAACGGAUACGACGGAUACAAAAUCAGCGAUCAAUAAUGAUGAUCAUCAUGUUGAUCAAUGUUGUUGUUGUUGUCAAAAUUUAGGUCUAGUUGCUGUUGGACAUUCAUUACCACCAAGUGCAAUCACUGAAAUAAAAAUGUAUAGCAAUAUGUUUAUGUUUCGUGCUAGUCUUGAUUUAAAAUUAAUAUUUCUUGAUGCUAAAGUUUCACAAUUAACCGGUUAUGAACCACAAGAUUUGAUUGAAAAAACAUUAUAUCAUUAUAUUCAUGGUAGUGAUUUGGAAAUGAUGCGUAUCGCACAUCAAACAUUAUUGAACAAAGGACAGGUAACAACCAAAUAUUAUCGUUUUAUGGCCAAACCAUUCGGUUGGAUUUGGAUGCAAUCAUAUGCAACAAUUGUACAUAAUAGCCGUUCAUCAAGACCACAUUGUAUUGUUAGUGUUAAUUAUGUUUUAAGCCAAGCUGAAUGUUUAGAACAUCAGCUUUUAAUUGACCAAAUGUUAAUUAAUCCAUUGAAUAGUCAACAACAACAACAACAACAUAAUUCUUUAAUGAUGACUUCAAAUCCAUUAUCAUCUGCAUCAUCAUCAUCUUCUUUAUCAUCCACAUCCGCAUCCAUAUCAUCAUCAAAAUCAAUAUUAAUACAAGAUGUUGAUAAUAAUUCAAUCGAUAUGAUUAAUAAUAAUAAUACGGAUGAAAUUAUUAUUUCAAAUGGAAUUGUUAAUUUGGAUAAUCAUAUUGAUCAUAAAUCGAUAAAAUUAUCACAGAUAAAUAACAAUAUUGAUCCAUUAUCGUCGAUAACAAAUACACCUCAAACAACAACAACAACAACAACAACGAAAACCAAAUCUACAAAAAUAUUGAAUGAAAAAAUAACGAAAAAGAAAAACAAAUCCAACAACAACAACAACAAUAGACAUUCAAAUCAUUAUUCGAAUGUAGAAAUGUCAAAUCCUAUCCAUCAUCAUCUUAAUCAUCAGGAACAACAGCAUCUAUUUCAACCUAACCAUCAUCAUAAUCAUCAUCAUUUAUAUAAUAAUGGAAUCGAUACCGGUCAUAUUUAUGGUCAAAAUACAACAACAACAAAAACAUCACCAUUGUCGAUCGAUGAUCAUCAUCAUCAACAUCAUUAUAAUAUGACAAUGUUUGAUUCGAAUGCUUAUCUUAAUCUAAUUGAUUGUGAUGUAACCAAUCGAAUUAAUAAUAAUAAUAUUAAUGCUUAUAACAAUAAUGGUAAUAAUAUUAUAAUGACAAGUAAAGAUCCAAUAUCAUCAACAAUGUCAAUAAUAAUGCAAAAUGAUACACAAAAAUGUAUUGUUGAUGAUAAUGAUAUUAAUAUUUCUACUACAAUACCGGUAACUCCAUCUAAUGUUAUUGUUGAUUCUCAAUUACAACAUUAUAAUCAUCAACAUCAUAAUAAUAAUAAUAAUCGACAUAAUGCCUAUAAUCAUCAUAAUAAUCAUCAUCAUCAUCAAAUGAUACAGAUCAAUACAAGCGCCAAGUAAUAUGAAGAAAAAAAAUCAAUAUAGCCAAAUAUGAAUCAAUGAAUGAAACUCCCACUUUUU